AUGGAAGCUAAUAAUGGCAUAUUAGUUCACAUGGAAACUGAUUCGGAAACAAAUCCUUCUGUAUCAAUUUUCUAUCCUCAAGUAAUUGGUGAGCUCACUCCCUUCCAAGGUCAACAAUUUGAAACAUUAGAAGAAGUGUAUGACUUUUACAAUCAGUAUGCAAGGGAAGCUGGGUUUAGUGUUCGAUCAUACUCUAGUAAGAAGAGUAAAGACGGAGAGGUCAUACGAAAAGAGUACGUUUGCAAUAAAGAGGGAAGUUGGUCAACUGAAACAAGUGGUGCUGUAAAAAGGCGUCGUGGAGUAGGCAGAGAGUCUUGCAAGGCACGACUAAUAGUUGUUAAAUCAAGAUAUGGUGGAUACGUAGUCACCAUAUUUGAAGAGGCUCAUACUUUUGGGGUUAGUCGAGGUGGUGAGGGAGGGAUACGAAGACGCCACUUAUUAAAGUCCCAUCGUCGAAUUUCUGGUGUUGAUCAACUUGUAGCACAACAACUAAUAUCCGUAAAUGUAUCCACACACCAACAAUAUGACAUUCUAGCAACGCAAGCUGGAGGCAUUGAAAAUGUUGGUUUUACUCAACAAGAUAUGUACAACUCCAACAGAGAUAGACGUAUGAAGAUCAAGGGUCAUGAUGGAGAAAUGUUGUUUGAUCAUUUCAUGAAUGAGCAAGAAAAAAAUCCAGGGUUCAUAUUCAAGGUUGAGACAAAUAUUGAACACAAGAUUACUCGAUGUUUUUGGGCUGAUGCAAUCUCUAGGCAAUCGUACAAGUUUUAUGGUGAUGCGGUUAUCUUCGACACUACCUACAACACCAAUCGAUAUUGUAUGAUCUUUGCACCAAUUAUGGGAGUAAACAACCAUGGUCAGACAAUUAUUUUUUCUGGGGCAUUCUUAAGUGACGAGACUGCAGACUCCUUCAUUUGGUUGUUUAGAGAAUUUUUGAGGGCUAUGCCAGGUGAUGCUCCAAAAAUUAUUAUUACUGAUCAGGAUCCAGCAAUGACAAAAGCCAUUUCAGAAGCUCUUCCAAACACAUUUCACAGGUAUUGUAGCUGGCAUAUUUUGAAUAAAUUCUCUGACAAGCCCGAGUGUAUUCUUCACUAUCAACAAUUUAGAGAAUGUGUUUGGAAUUCUGAGAGUAGAGAUGAGUUUGACUUGAGAUGGAAGAGAAUUGUUGAGGACAACGGGUUAAAUGAAGAUACAUGGUUGCAAUCAAUAUUUAAUAUUCGAUCUAAAUGGGUGCCAGCUUAUGUGAACCACAUUUUUUCAUGUGGAAUGUCUAGUAGUCAGCGAGCAGAAAGUGGGCAUGCAUUUUUCAAGAGGUAUGUAUCAAAAAACAAUUCCUUGGUGGACUUUAUGGUUCAAUUUAAUAGAGGACUUUUACACCAACGACAUUUGGAAUUGAUGGCAGAUCACACUGAUAUAAAUGAGAAGGCAAAAACUAAGUGCCCUAUAAUAUGCGCAGUGUAUUGA